AUGUCUGCACGUGAACGGAGCCUUGAAGGUCGUAGGAAACGGCCGAAAUCGUCCGGAAACGUGACCGCAAAUAAACUGAAUGUGUUUAGCUUCUUGGCGUAUCGCAGUGUUGCUAUUCUCCAGUCUCCAGUUUCUCAUCUGCUAUGCGUCUCCAGUGUGUUUAUUCUAGAACCGUCUCUUGUUGAUUCUGAUUACGGCAGGAUUACAGUAUUGGGGAUGGGAGAUACUGAGGUUACAAUGAAGUCUAAGAAGACGGUUUUUGUAACUGUUGGAACAACUAGUUUUGAUGCUCUUGUGAAAGCGAUGGAUACACGAGAGGUUAAAGAAGAGCUGUCGAGAAGAGGGUACACUGAGAUUCUCAUUCAAAUGGGCCGUGGCUCCUAUAUUCCCUCAAAGUCUGAAGGAGGUGAUGACUCCAUUGCGGUAGAUUACUUCAAUUUUUCAUCAAGCAUUGCAGACCAUGUAAGAGCAGCGUCUCUUGUCAUUAGCCAUGCCGGGUCAGGGAGCAUAUUUGAGACAUUGCGCCUUGGGAAGCCCUUAAUUGUUGUGGUUAAUGAAGACUUGAUGGACAACCAUCAAAGUGAGUUGGCAGAAGAACUAGCAGACAGGAAGCAUCUGUACUAUGCUCGCCCACAGACACUUCGUUACAUUAUAGCAGAUAUGAAACUGGAAUUGAUAGAAGUGUAUUGAGUUUAUUACUUGAACAAGCUUAUCCAUAAGGAUCUUUUAGUGAAUCAUAAGAAUUG